AUGCAUAUCGUCGCAUUCAUCACCGGCGCCCUGGGACUUUGUUCCGCCGUCGUUGCGUCAAACCUCGAGGCCCGACAGCUCGCCCCCGUGCCGUCACUCACGCAUCUCUACUCGCUCAACUGCACCCUGGACCCGAAGAUCGAGGUCGGCGACGGUCCGUAUGGAAAGCGUGUUGCCAUCCCCAUUAUCGGUGGGACAUUUGAGGGGCCUAGGCUGAAGGGUACCAUCCGCAACCUCGGAGCAGACUGGGGUCUGACUGACAACCGCGGCAUCUUUCACCCCGACACUCGGUACGGGCUGACCACCGACGACGGUGCCGAAAUCUACAUCCGCACUUUUGGUUCCAAACAGCCGGACGGCGGAAUUUACCUGCACGGAUUGUACGAGACCGGGUCGGACAAGUACUGGUGGCUGAACGACAUUGUCGCCGUUGGCGUCUUGAAGAGCGGGACCGGCUGGGUGUACAUUGACAUGUACUACAUGGUGGACGAUGGAAUCGACUUGGUGACCCCAUAA